AUGCCUAACACCGGUGCUCUAACGACAUACGUCCAGCAGUUUCACGCGCUGCACGCGCUCUGGGAAGAGGCACGAAAUACACUGGAUCUGCUUUUCCUGCCGGCAGACACAGAGGGAAACAGGAAAAUCGACACACCAAAGCUUGGACGCGAUUGGGUCGUCGAGAUGCCGCGCAGGGCCCAGCUUCUCAUGCUGCGCUACGCUGUCCCAACAGGUCAUCUUAUCCGGCUGUCCCCCGUUGUGGUUGAGCUUCUUGCCUUUUGCGGUGACCUUCGCCUCGUGUGGAUGAUGGCGCUGCGCCAGGAUCCGUUCCUGAUUGACGAGGCGUGGGACGCCGCCGAGCGCCUGGAGAGGCACCGGGGCGCGUGCCUCACCCAGCUGCACGCGAACGCUGAACACCGAGGUAAGAUACUCUGCGCAACAGCGACGACAUUCAAGGAGAGGCGCAAGGAUGCCCAGGACGCGCUGGACGCGCUCAGCGCAGUCGGCGAGAGCAUCACCGCUGCGAAGGCGCGCAACGAGGAGCAGCUCCGGGAGCUGAAGGCUGCCGAGGCAGCGAGCCGAGAGGCGCUGAAAUCGUUGCAGGAGUGCAACAAGAGGCUUGCAGAGGCACAGCAAGGACGUCCGUAG